CUGUCAACUCCGUCAUGUGCCAGCAGCUGUGUGCUUGGUGUCUUGUUCGCUUGUUGUUCUGUUCCCCGACACACUGCACGUCUCACGUGUUCAGGCACGCGUGCCCUGUUCAUUUCUCUCGUCUCCAACUCGAACCACACACCUCUCCACCAAGACGCACUGCAGCAACACCUUCCUUCUGCCGCGACUAAGUUUAUCGCUAUCGCUGACCAUAGGACCAUGGACUUUACUGGCUUGCGGGCUGUUCGGCUCGCCCUUUUCGUGGCUGCCGCCGUGAUUGCCACCACCGAGACCGCCCACGCCCUCCUCGACCUGGGAGACGAAUUGACCUUGUCGGAGUUUCUCAACGAUGCGGGCAUUGAUGGUUGCGCGGCGUUGACUGCGUCCCCAAUCGGCUACUACUUCCAAAGCGGUCACGCAACAGGCCUCUCUCGGUCCCGCUGCACCCUCGGUGGCACGUGCCAGUGCCGGCACUUCGAGGCCUGCGCCAAUGGAGAUUGCCUCAAAGUGUACCGUUGCAACGACACGGAGUCCAGCGGUUGCGUCGCCGUCUCCCCCUGCUCUCAAUCGGCCUUCAACACGACCCUGGAGGCCACUGUCCGCUGCCGCAAACCGCUUGAUCAGCGUGAUGAGGACAGCCUCAACUUCUUUGCCAUGCGCUGGAAGCAGGCGCUCGAAACCGACUGCGGCAUUGGACGCACGCUGCAGACGGACUCAAAUCUCAACGACAUCUUCACCCACGGCUGCAGUGCGCGGCUGCAAGGCUCUGGUGCAGACUGCCCCGUUGUGUUGACGAACCCAACGUCUACCAACCCCACGUGCUUCCCUGGUUGGGCGGAGGUGAUUCUGGAGAGCGGCGAGCGUGUGCAGCUGCGGAACUUGAAGACUGGCGACCGCGUGCUUUGCCUGCAGGCAUCGGCCGGCAACGCCCUCGGCUACUGUGAGCUCAAGACCUUCCAGCACGUGGAGCUGAACGGCACCACGACGUCUGUCGAGCUGCACUACACGGACAAAGACGGCAACCCUGCGCUGAUGUCCGCAACACCGGACCACUUUGUAUUCCGCGCGGACGAGGACGUACACCUCGCUGACGGCUUGACGGUGCAGCCAGCAGGCGAGUUCAUCUUCGCUGGCGACUUUGCUGUUGGCGACCGCCUGCUGCGCUACGACGUCGACCUCGGUGUCAUGUACACGGUCACCAUCACCAGCAUCUCGUUCACCAUCGAGCCAGACUAUUUUACGCCGCUGACCGACGAUGGCUCCACACUCUUUGUUGAAGACGUGUUUGCGUCCUCGUUUGCACUUCUGGAGAGCCCCGAUGUCAUCCGCCUGGUCCUGGCGCCCAUCUGGCAGAACGACGACGAUCGCUUCACAGAGCCGACGGCAGGCAAGGACUUCCCCGAGGGCCUGCACCCGUUCACGACGCAGCUGUACUCCAUCUUCCUUGCCGCUGAGAUGAGCGGCCAGACGAUUGACGUUGAGGGCAUGGCCACCGCCAUCGCCCAGCAGCUCGCCGUCGGCCACGUCUUCACGCAGCAGGAGAUGCUCCAGCUCGUGCCAAACUACAUUAACUGAGGAUGCGUGCCUGCGUGUGUGUAUGACUGUGAUUUGUGUACGUGCGUGUUUUGUGUGUGAUGUGCGUGUGAUGUGCGUGUGAUGUGCGUGCGUGUGUGUACUGUAAACUCUACGCAUGCACAUGCAAACACAUGCAAGUGCAUGCAUGCUUUCCCAUAUUCACACUUGUGUCUGUCUCUCCGGACUCUUCCCCCGUGCUGACUGCUCCUGUGUCAAUCUCUUCACCUCUGAUCAACGCGAGCGCGAGUCUCUGGGUAAUCAUCGUCACCACCGCAUGGUGUAGGUGCACUCCUACUAGGAUGAUACAGCAGUUGUACUCCUCAA